AUGCGUUUCACCGUCGCCGCUGUCUUCACCCUCGCCAUUGGCGCCAUGGCCGCUCCUUCCUCCCGAUUGGUCGGAAAGGGACUCGCAUACCCUGGAGGCGGUGAUGUCACUGUCGCCCAGGCUCGCGAUACUUGCGGCAAGGAUCUCACGAUGAGCUGCUGUAACGAGGUCCACCAGACCAGCGACACAAACUCCGCCGACGGUGGUCUCCUGAACGGUUUGGGCCAGGGCGGCCUCCUCCCCGACUUCAGCCUGCUCAAGGGUUGCUCCAAGCUCGACGUUGCCGCUCUUAUCGGCGUGCAAGACCUCAUCCCCCAGAAGAUGUGCAACCAGCAAGUCGCUUGCUGCCAAGGUACCGCCCAAGACCAGAAUGGUCUCGUCAACGUCGGCAUCCCUUGCAUCGCUGUCGGCGGUGUCCUAUAA